AUGGGUUCCUGCUCUACUAAUCCCCUUUAUGAGCUGACCAAAAUAAUUUUCUUCACACAGAGUAGCAAUUUUUUUCAGAGAUUUUAUUGUAAAUAAUUAUACUUAUUUGCCAGGAUUUGGUUGCUGCGUAUUUUAACCAAAAAAUAGUUUUUUUCAAUGGUUAUGCUUUCUCACAGGUGCGGAGUAAGAAUAAAAAAUGCUUUAAAACAGCUGCAGUCCUUGACGACCAAUUAAAAGACACUCACAGCUCCUCCAAGGAUAGUGCUAAAAAUGACCUCAAAAUGCAAUGAAAUUUAAUAAGAGUUAAUAAGGCAGCCCAUGCUCCUAUUUUAACUCUAAAUGAAAGCAUAUUAUACAGCAAGCGUUUAGUUAGGCUCAGAGAAGUCUCAAAAAAGAUAAAGAUAAUUGGGAUAAGUUCCUUAUGCGUUGUUUAA